UCCAACGAGUUCAGAAUAUCAUCUGAAAAUGAAGAUUCCUUUUAAAACAUACAAAAAACGGCAUUGAAGGUACAGAAAAUAUUGGCAGAGUGAAGACAAGGCCCCCUUCAAGGGAGCGCCGCUCUGUAUCGCGUGGCAAUGCCAUGUCGAACAGAUUUUUGUUCAACUUUGCGAGGAUAAAACUUCAUCUCUUUUACUUGAUUGUUUUGUCGAUUUUGACAGAUGUUUGUUGUGAGAGUAUAAGUUUUGUUUAUAAUGGAAAUCAUAUUUGCCGAUUCGGAACGAGCAGUGUUCGCUUUGUUGGGUACGCAGGAAGACAAGCCGGCCGUGACAUCGGGACAGUGAAGGACCUCACGCGUGAAUCAAAAAGCGAUUUGUUGCAAGGCCUUUGUCUCGAGCUUUGUUGUGACCGGAAAUGGUGUAGGACAACCGUUUUGUCGCGAAAAAAGUGCAAAGAACACAAGAAAGAUUCAAGACUAAAUGUCCGGAACUUUAAGGCAAAGAUCAGAUCGUUGCCCUUUCUAAAAAAGGAUAAUUUGAAAGGCCAAAGUCCUUCUAAAACGCACAGAGAAAACAAAGCAAAAGGACGGUUCAUUCAAGAGCAGAGAGCUCAGUCGGAAGUUUCUCGCUUAGAAAAGCGAUCUUUAUCGGAUUCUUCAAAAAUCCUGCCAAGCGAUCCAAGCAAAAGGAAAAGAAGAUUGACUAGAAUUAGGUUUAUUAAGGUAAAAGAGAUUCACCCUGAUGCUCCUGAACCGCAUGUUUUUCAUGGACAUGUUCGAGAGAGUGUUAAAUCUGAACAGGAGCAAAGAAAAGAUAAAAAUAAAAAUGCAAAAGUUCAAGCGAGUAAUGGUAUGCCCAAAGCUCAUAGCGCUACUGUUCUCACCAAGAUCAUCGACGAUGUCAAUCACAUUCUUAAGAUUUUGGACAAGAAAACAAAAUCGGACACUUUUUCGAACAGUGAGAAAAAGUCUAAAGUCAGCGGCGGAAAGUUUUCGACACCAAAGCAAGACGUUUCUAGAAACAAAAAUUCUAGUUCUCAAAAAAAAGACCACCAGAGAAUUCUAGAAAUCUUCUUUAAUUCCCAGAGUAAUUCUGAUGGUCAUGAUGAUGGCUACCAUGGUGAUGGUAACCAUGGUGAUGAUGACCAUAUUGAUGAUAGAAUUGAAGGUUCACAUGAUUCUUUGCCACAAAAUAAAAACGUCGACAAAGUUGUGCAAGAUACAGGAGAAAAAAAAUCAGGUGAAGAAAGAUUGAAUCAUUUCGAGGAUGACUUAGAAAAUGAGGUGAAUAAUCUACUGGUGCAACUUGGGUCUGAUUUUUCAGGCGAGUCGCAUAUGCAUAGCCAGCAACCAGAAAACAUUGUUGCUCUAAGUAGUAAUGAUCACAUAGGUUUUGAUGGCGCUAAAUCAAAAGAUCAUUUAAAUGAUCCUGAUGGUUUAAACUCCAAUGAUGCACCUUUUCAUACGAAGAGGAACAAUGCGGGGAACACACAACCCAAUGGUGUUUACCAUCUUGGGACAACCCCUGAUACAGAUGAAGAUAUUCUUGAUAUGAUCACGAAUAUUUUACAGGAUCAUCCUUCCCCAACGACAAAUGCCGGCAGAGACAAUGAUAGCGAAGACAACAGUUACAUUGACUCUUAUAAUAAUACCAAUUUAAUACAAUCAUCUUCGAAUAUUUCGAAAGGUGAAGUACUUGCAGUAAAUUCUACUGUUAGUCGCCUAAAAGAGGAUGAGACUGAACUCUUUUACAAUCUUGAUGACAAACUCAUCGCAAAAGAUGGCAAUAGUAUGGUACCUGCUGAAAAUACGAAUGUUCACCACACGAUUGAGAAAGCUGUUUCUGGUGGCAGGUCGCGCAGUGGGGUGCCUGCAACAGCAGAUGAAGAUUUAAACAACCCUCAAAGAAUAGGCGGUCUUAGAGAUACUUCUCUACUUCAAAAUGAAGAUAGUAGUAGUAGUAAAAGUAAAGUUAAAAGUGUGGAGAAAAAUUACACAGACUUUGCUCUGAAGUUUGAAAAGACCCCCACGCCAAGUUCCCAGCUCCUCCAAACCUUUCCGGGAGCGAUCUCUUACAAUGUUAAGCUAGCUAAUGAAGAGUCGCCUCCUGGAAAGGGGGCGCAGGAGAAACCUGCACACCAGGAAUCCGUCGUUAUGCGAAAAAGCAAAAACAAUACAAACUCGUUUAUUCCAAAUAAAUUCAUGGAGCACAAACUCGACGACAAACAAACGAUGACCCAUCGAAUAUUCGAAGUCGGACAAGCAGCAAUCGAGGCAGGCAAAAACAUGAUUUUCGCGCAAGAAUCUCACGUAGAUGAGAAAAAAAUUUACGAUAUUGUUGGGACAAAGAAUGUGACUUCGGUGGGCAGAUAUCUUAUUACUAUUGGAGAAGAACUCCUGAACAGAGGAAAGACGUUGAGUUCACGGGAAGUUUCUUCCAAAGAUUCGUCUAUCAAGGAGCAAAAAUUUCAUCCAUCAAGGAACGGAAGUAAAUCAAAUUCCAAAGUCAAAUCUGAGAAUUUGAUUAACCAUACUUCCCGUAUAAAUGGUAGUCUUGAAAAUCUAGGAAAGUCAAACAACGGUAGUAUGUCUGCUACCUCGUCUUACUCAGGACAAGAGAAUCAAAAUUGCACUCUCGGGUCUAUUCAUCGUCAUGCGUCUUUACGUGGUAAAAUGCGCGCAGGUUUGUUCAUCCCAACAGGCCAGGUGAAGGAGUUAAGUGAGUGCGCAACACGAUGCUGUGAGGAUAAAAAAUGCAACAUGGCAUUGGUCGUCAACGAGGAGUGUUACAAAGUGGAGUGCUUUCAUUGGACGCUCUGCCAAGUUGUAUCUUAUAGAGGCUCAUCCAAAUUCCAAUCGACUAUCAUCGACAUAAGAAGACGUCGUAUGGAGAAUUCGCACACAACAAGAAAACAUGAUUCAUUAAAUAUUUCCAGACCACUGAAAGAGAGCAAACGGAAAAGAAAAUCGAAGAAAGAGAACGUUUACAAGAAGUAUUUGCCUGUUAUUGAAUCAAGUGUCGAAGCACAAAGGCCAUCGACAAAGACUAAUUUAAACAACUCCAACAUUCUCUCUUCGCCAAUAAAUCAGUCACAAUACUCUAAGAGACCGAAUAAAAUUCGGAAUCUAAAAUCCCGUUCAAAUAGACCACAAACUGAAAAUGUACAGCGAGAGGAAUUAAAUUGUCGUAGUUCUUCGACGAAUGGAACUGGUUAUCUUAAGCCAGGUAGCUGGCUACUGAGUGGAACGACAAACAGCAGCGGCAAAUGUGUCGAUUUAUGUUGUUCACAAAAUGGUUGCGACCUGGCUUUUCAAAUUGGCGAAUUUUGUUACUCACUCGCUUGUUACAAGGACAGUCGUAGAUGUAACCCUUUAUCAAUACCGGUGGGUCUGUCAUAUCUUCGUCUAAAACGGCGACGAAAAUUGGCGAAAGUCGCAAAAGCAACCCAUGUUUCGAACAAUAAGUUAACGGAAAAUCCUAAUCACACCAUGUUGUCCAGAAACCAUGAUCUAAAGAAAACCAUGUUAAAGCCAUCUAGAAAGAACGUUGUUUCAAAAAGUUCUGCAACGGAACGAAUGUUGAUAUAUCGCUUCUAUGGAUGACUCUGUGAAUCUUAAACCCGAUCAAAAGAUUAGUGAAUCUGAAGGAGUUUGUUCAUACAGUGCAAAAAGGGACACGUUUUUUAGCGCAGG